UUUAUCAUUCGAAAACUUAUUAUUAACCACAAUUGCUCAAUGGUUGUGAGAACUAGUGAUCAAAGGCAGGCAACAUCGAGUGUAAUUGGUGAAUACAUUAAAUCCAAGUACACCAACCUCAAAACUGUAUACAAACCGGCUGAUAUUUUGAGAGACAUGAGAGAUGAUCAUGGAAUAAAAAUGAGCUACUCUAAAGCCUACAGAUCGAAAGUAGUAGCUCAAGAAAUGGUAAGAGGAAAACCUUAUGACUCUUUUUCAUUAAUACCAAGCUACUUGUACAUGCUAGUGGUUGCAAAUCCGGGUUCGUUUGUCAAGUUGGAAGUAAAAGAUGACAAUAGCUUCCUUUAUGUUUUCAUGGCAUUGAAUGCAUCUAUAAAAGGAUGGGAGUUCUGCAUUCCGGUAAUUGCUGUUGAUGGCACUUUCCUUACUUCAGCCUAUGGAGGUAUGCUUUUAACAGCAUGUGCACAAGAUGGAAAUGGUAAGAUAUUUCCUCUAGCUUUUUCAGUAGUGGAUUCUGAAAACGAUGACUCCUGGGAGUGGUUUAUGAGGAGAAUUAGAGAUGCAUUUAAGAUGCGAAGUGACAUGUGUAUAGUCUCUGAUCGACAUGAAAGCAUAAAAAAUGCAGCCAUUGCAGUUUUUCCAGAAGCUUCCCAUGUAUUGUGCACAUUUCAUUUAUUCAACAAUGUUAAAAGAAACUUCAAGAAGUCAUCAAAACCACUACGAGAAGCAUUUUAUGGGGCAGCAAAAGCCUACACAACUGAGGCAUUUGACUACUACAUGAAGCAACUUGACGGUAUGUGCAGAGGUUUAAAGACUUACCUAGAAGCUGUUAAGUAUAAAAAAUGGGCACGAGCACAUUGCGAAAAUAACAGGCACAAAGUCAUGACAACUAAUAUUGCAGAAUCAAUGAAUUCAAGAAUAAAGGCAGGUAAGGAUCUCCCAAUCACUACACUACUUGAGUACCUACGAAAAAUGGUGCAAGAAUGGAGCUACGCGAAUAGGCAUUUGGCACGAUCAACUUUCACAAACCUAUCAAAAAGAGCAGAAGAUAUAUUGAAUGACAAUUACAUUCAGUCAUUGAAAUUAGUGGUUUCAAAUUCAAAUGACAAUGUGAAGACAGUCUAUGAUCAUAAAACAAAGUUCAUUGUCGACCUUAAAGAAAGAACGUGCACAUGUAGGAGAUUCGACAUUGAUGAAAUUCCUUGCCCACAUGCAAUGGCAAUACUCAAAGAAUUCAAUCAAGAUCCUUACAAAUUUUGUUCGCAUUAUUUCACAAAAGAAACAAUACUGAAGACAUAUGAAGAAACAGUAUAUCCAGUGGUAGAUGAAAGUUUGUGGAAUGUCCCAGAAGAAGUGGCACAAAAGAUUGUUAAUACACCACAAGGAAGAACAAAGUCGGGAAGGCCUAGGAAGAAAAGAAUUAGAUCUGCCGAGGAAACUACAAAUCAUAACAAGUGCAGCAGAUGUGAAAAAAAAGGACACAAUGUGAAGACAUGCAGGAAUAUGCCUAAGAAAAAAUGAUCCAAUUUAUUAAAGUUCACUUCAGGUUGAUAUAAGGUUGUUUUGAGGUUCAAAUACAUUUCAAUUAAAAAGACAUAUUGAAGUUUUAAAGUAAUAUAAAUUUCAAUUUCUUUAUAUAUAAAAUGUCCUAUAUAUUAAUGCAA